CGCACACAACCCAUGUCGACCAAGACUCUGGCGUAUGUCGCCAUUGUAUGCACCAUGCUGUUGAGCAUGGCACUGGCAUGCUCGCGUACUGGUGAGCUUGCGACGUGCGAAGAAUGCACCAAAUCUGAUUGCCAGUUCUGCAGAUCAUCCGGUCGCUGCGUCACGUCGACGGCGUCCUGCUCCGGCACGGUCGAGACAUGCCAAGGCAGCGACAUCAAUGUUGGUGCCAUCUCGGGAGCUGUCAUUUCCGUCAUUGUUUUCGGCAUCAUUGGCUUCACUCUCGUGUUCUGCUUCAUGCGCUCCCGUAGGCGGGCGCGUGAUCGCCGUGACGAUUCCUCCGAGUACGACUCGGAGUACGACUCGGAGUCAGGACGCAGCCGCGGCCGCCGCGGCGCGCGUACCUCUGGUGCCAUUUCUGGCCGCCGCGGGCGCAACUCGCGCAAGGGCAGCGGGCGCGGCGGACGCCACGCUCGUGAGACUGGCCGGCACUCGCGCAAGGGCCGCCACGAGCCCAAGUCCAGCCGCGGCUCGCGCUCGCGCUCGCGCUCAAAGUCGCGCGGCCGCGGUCGCGGGGGCAAGGGCUCGCGCAAGGGUCACACCACUCCGCCGCCGUCGCUCACGUCCGACUCGUCCGAGAUUGCACAGAACCGCAAGAACCUGCUCGACGACGAGGCCGAGCUCAAGCGCGUGACCAAGGCCGCGUUCCGCAAGUACGACACUGACAAGUCCGGCAAGCUGUCGAAGGAGCAGACGCGCAUGGCUGCCGACCGCGUGUGCGACAAGGCCUCGGUUCCGCGAUUUACCGAGGACGAGUUCAACGAGUUCUUUGCCCAGAUCGACACUGACGGCAACGGCGAGCUCGAUCGCGUCGAGUUCAAGGGCUUUGUCACUAUGGCCGUUGAGGCUGGUGUCGACCUCUCGGGCUACUCGUCGUCGCUCUAGCCUGCGAAGGGUGUCAUGUCAGUACGACGGCUCGGUGACUCCGAACCAUUCAGCAUCGAGAUCGCGAAGCCAUUGCAGCUUGUCAGCCAGUUGCUGAGUGUCCGGCUCGCUGAUGCCGACCUUGGGCUUGUCGGCGUUGUCGUAAAAGUCCAUAGUAAUG